GCAACACACGCGCUCGCGUUCUGCGGAAGCUGAGCCUGCCUGGCGGGCUUUCUAACAACGCCCCCUUGCAGUUCCUCCUGGGGGUGCAGCCGGCAGCCGCAGGAGCAGCGCCGCGGCCACUGCACUAGGCGGUCUGUGCCGUCCUUGACGCGCCGCUGUGGGCACUCACGCAUCUGGACCUGGCUUCGCCAGCGGCGUCCGGUGCAGCUGCUGCCGGGGCUGCACCCGCUGCUACAGCCACGGCUGCGGCACGCGGCUCCACGGCGAAUGCAUGCAGGGCCGGCGGCUCACGUGUGAGUGACUGAGUGAGAGGGCCAUGAGCGGCCCAGGAGCGGGCGCUGGAGGCAGCGGCAGCAUUGCGGGCAUGGGCUCGGGUGGCAUCAACGACGCAAUGCUGGCUGGUCAGCCUGGCGGCAGCGUGCCAUCUCCUCCGCACAUUGCGGCUGCACGGGGCGACCGCGGUCAGUGGUGCGGGCGCGUCAGUACUGCUGUUAAGCUGCCAGCCGCUGCGCCGCCUAUGCACCUCAGGGCUCCGGCCGUCACAGAUGCUACCCGGUCUCUGGCACUGCAGCUAGGUGAGCUAGCUUCGGUGGUGGCGCUUUCGGGAAUCGCGAAAGUUAGUUGUUGCAGUGUACUUCAACAACGGCAGCAGCAACAGCAACAGCAGCAGGGGAUGAGCCGCGCCACCGGCGACGGUGUGGGGACUGGGGUGAGGUCAGGCUGCUGCACGGCUCUGGCAGCGGCGCGCCGGGCUGCGGUGGCGGUGGUGGUGGUGGCGGUAGUAGAAGCAGCAGCAGCAGCAGCGGAGGCCGCCGGUCUGGUAGCCUGCUACAUCUAGAGCUGCCGGGUUGUGGCGGCAUUACCGGACACAGCUGCUGUGUGCCGGCGCCCGUAGCGGCUGGAGCCACGGCAACAGCAAGACCCCUCGCUCCGCACUCGGCAACGCCCCUGGAAGAGCCCCAAUCAGCUCCACCGCUGCCUUUGCUGACAUUGGAUUGUAUCAUAUCAGCACUGGCUGACAUCCUGCGCCGCUGCCCGCACAUCACCGACCUGUCUGCGUCGGGCAUGGAUGCGGCCUGUAUAGGGGUCGCCGCGCAGGCCUGCCCCAACCUGCGCCCCCUGCUAGGACUGCGCCAAACCGUCGCCGUUGGCGGCUGCGGCACCUGUAGCAGCUUCGGCGCCAGGCAUGGCCGCGCCUGCAUCUAUCUGGCCUCUGGCGACCACGCCUUCACACAGCACUGCAGCGGGCGCGGCAACCGUGAACCGCUUUGAAGUGCGUCGGUCAGAGGAUGCUUGCGCUUCUGGGCGUUAGACAUCCAGCAGACACGCCGGUGCCGGCAUCGGCGGCCGCGCCGGUGACGCUUGGUCAGGACACGGCGUGGCGCGCCCUUACCCGGCUGGAACUCCCGGCUUCUCUGCGAUCUGAUGCAGGCUUGGGAGCAUGGAUAGCGAUGCGGGGUGCGGCUCGGGCCAGGGGCCAGGGGAACCCUGGCUCGGGCAGGGGCCGUCGCGUGUCGUUCGGGUAUCCUAUGUUGCGUUCUAGUUCUGUUGGAUGGUAGUAUGGUACGUGGUCGCCCGGACGAGCAUGUGCGGUAUUGUGGCGAUGCAGCGAGCCGAGGUGGGUGGUGCGUGUGCGCGUGCUCUGCAGGAGGGUCGUGGAGGGUUGGGAGCGGGUUGGGGGCGUGUGACCGCGAUGGGGCGGCCAACGGUUUCGUUGGCUUCCCAACAACAAAAGCAAAGCCUGGCUCGGCAGAAGAACAAGCAAUUGCUGGUCAGCCUCGCUUUUCAUAAUACAGCUACCACGAGCCCUUCUCUUAUGCACCAGAGCCGACUCGUUGGUGUUGGUUGUUGCCCCACACACCGAGUUUAUCCGCCAUAGGCGCAUUCUUUGACUCCUGUGCUAGCUAUAAGUGCAC